UCAUCGAUCAGUGUGGUGUGUGUCGCGUUGUUGCUCCGGUGGAUUUUUUUGUGGUUUGUUCCUGCUUGGGACGUACGCGUAUUUUUUUCGUUUGGUUUUCUUGAGUCGACGCGGUGAUCACUCAAGGGGCUCUUGAACGGGCCCAGCGGCAAAAACAGAGGAAAGAUGCAACCGAGGAUAUACUGGAUUCUGAUCAGUACGGCCGUCAUUCUCGCGGGAUGCAACGCCGCUACAGAGAAGGAACAAAACGAGAAAGAAAGGACAGCGGGAGGAAGUUCGACGUACAACACCGACCCGGACGACCUCUAUUUAGACGAACAGGAGUCUUUGGAGGGUUCUGGUCGAGGUGGCAGCGGAGGUCGCAACGACCUUGAAGCAUCCGGAAGUGGCCUUGGACCGGACGACGAAGAUAGCGUCGAUGAUCAUGAUUUUAAUAACAAUAACAGGAUAGAAACACCACCUCAAGGGCCGGAAGAACCUAAAGCACCAUAUUCCGUCGACGAACCAAGUAAAUCUAAGGAACAGACGAUCGUGGAGACUGUAAACCGACCCGACAACGAGGUUGAUGUAAUCGAGCCCGUAGAUGAGGGCGACCACUCGGAGAACACCGACGACAUCCACGAAGUAUACAUCAUGAACCCGAAACACGAGGACCGUUCUAGCUCUUUCUUUGCUCAGCCAGGUGUACUCGCAGCGGUGAUUGGUGGUGCAGUAGUUGGUCUGCUUUGCGCAAUCUUGGUGGUGAUGUUCAUCGUGUACAGGAUGCGCAAGAAGGACGAGGGUUCGUACGCCCUGGAUGAGCCAAGAAGAUCUCCAGCGGCGCAGGCGUUCCCUAAGCCUGGCGCGCCGCAUCACAAUCGAGAAUUCUACGCUUGAGGCGACAAAGCUUACCUGGCUUUGGCACCGCCCAGUUUUGUCCCACGAUACCAUGCCGAGAAAGACGAUGUCCUUCGACCGAAUUAAGCGCCACCGCCGACAAUACGACACAUCCGGAAUCUCCCACGAGGGUCUUGCGAAACACCUCGUUUACUGACCACAAAGAGACUUCCUUCACGUCGGGGAAAAGCAUCACCUUAAUCUCUUUUUGACUUUUCGAUCAAAGAUUUGCUUAAUUUUCUUUUUAACACACAUUUCUUUCUUCUUAAACGCCCCUUAGUUCUUUCAAUAAUUUAGACACUUCAAUAACAUUCUCUGUUUUACCAUAGGAACACACUUGUUUUAAUUGAUCACUUUCUGAGGUGGAACCUCUCUUAACUCCACAGCACUCUAUUUUCCUACUCGUGUGCCAUCUCGCUACGAGUAACCUUCUGAGUUAAGCAUUGGUCCACCUCUGAGAGUUGAAUAUCGAUUUUUCUAUUGGUCGCAAUUUAUUUUAUAUUUUUGUGCCAACUCGUUGUUUAAGUCACGGGUAUUUGUCUCUUUCUGUAACUAUCGUGCACUGAUCGAACAAAAGAGAGAGGGCGAUAGCUGAUGAACUGCCCCGUUACGAGUACUCGUCGGCAAGGUCGCGCAAAUUCCAGAUGCAUUUACACAACGUGUAUUUCAAAGCGUAUACGUAUCCAGGCGUACGUACACGCCUCCCUGUACAGGACUGAGAGCGCGAAAAUUCGUGGGCGAUAAACGCUGCUGGUAUGUCGUUAAUCAUUCUGGCCCGGUGGAAGGAGGGAAAGGAAGAAGGAUCGUUGCGCCACCGUGAUUUCUCUUCGACGCCAAUCCCGUGAACCACGACCUCGUUUAUCAGCGUUUCCUCCGCUGUUCCCCCUUUUUCUCUCUUCACUGUUUUUCAUCCACUUUCUUUUUGUUUUCUAUUUAACGAUCAUUUCCCGGAUUUGCAGAUGUUUUUAACAGUAUGACUACACAGGACCUUUGAUCUAUUGGCGCUUUUCUUUCUCUAAAGUCCAACCAUAUGGAAUCUCAGCAUUUAUUUUGAAGAACAUGAGAUUU